CCCCCCCUCGUUGGGUUUUUUUCCUGGUCCUGGUCUUUCUUCACGGUUCCCACACAAAAUCACAAUUCGCCUGAUUGGGUCAUCUUUCAUCGAAUAAAUUGAUCUAGGCUGCUGUAGUCUUUGCGACUUAUUUGCAGACGAGGACCCUUCCUACUCGUCGCGCACGAGACUCUUAGCUUCCAUUUAGGUCUUCGUCCAAAUCAGACCUCUGCGCCUGCAAGUUAUAACCGAUCGCAAUUAUGGCAUCCACUGAGGUUUCUGCUACCAGGCUCUAUCUGGGAAACCUGCCCAAGGGUGCUACCAAGGCCGAUGUCGAAGCUCACUUCGCGACCCAUGGCACUGGCGAGAUUACCGAGGUAAAGCUGAUGAAUGGCUUUGGCUUCAUCGAAUACAAGGAUCCUAUGGAUGCGCGCGAUGUUGUUCCUGCUUUCCAUGGAUCUGACUUCAUGGGCGAACGCCUAACCGUACAAUUCGCCCGAGGCUCUCGUCACCGCGAAGGCUUCGGUGGCCACGAGCGCAGCGCUCCGCGCCCUCGCCGUACUCCUCAUCGCAUGCAGAUAACUGGACUUCCCAAUGAAACCAGCUGGCAGGACCUUAAAGACUUUGCCCGACAAUCUAGUCUGGAUGUUGUCUACUCAGAGACCGGCCGCGACGGCAAUGGCCGUGGCUUCGUCGAGUUUGAAACUGCUGCGGAUUUGAAGACUGCAGUGGAGAAGCUUGAUGGACGCGAGUUCAAAGGACAGCGAGUCAACUGCAUUGCCGACACCCAGCCGGAUUUCCCUGUCCGCGAGCGCGGCGGUCGCUCGCGUUCUCCUACGGGUCGUCGACCUCACGGCCCACCUGGUGACGGAUACGAUCGACGUGGUCCGCCUCGUGGCUACAGCCCCCGCGGUUAUCGCGAUGAUUAUCGCGACAGGAGCCCUCCUCGUCGUGAUUAUUACGACGAUCGUCGUUACAGGUCGCCGCCACGCCGCGGACCCAUCGAUGACUAUCCGCCUCCGCGUGGACGAUACGAGGACCCGUACCGACGCGAGUACGGCCCCCCUCCGGACCCGUACGUCAACGGCCGACCCUAUGAUCGACCUCCGCGAGACUUUCCACCUCGGGAUGGUGGAUACGGAGCUCGCGAAGGUGCCGGUUAUCCUCGAGAGGAUUACCGUCGAGGUGGUGGUGGUUACUGGUAAAUUUCUCAAGUUCAACUUUAUUUGAACGACCCCCCUUACGUUAUCUAGAUACCGCGCCGUUUCUUGCCCAUAAGGCCGGCUCACUAUGCCGUAUUUUAAGGUACAGUAUAGGAAUCAAAGCUACGAAACAGGUUACGACAAAAAAGGGGGACAAAUUUACGUUCAGGGGUAACCUAUACG